AUGUCGCCGCCUUCGUCGCCGUCGCCGCCGCCGCCGUCGCCGUCGCCGUCGCCGCCGCCGCCGUCGCCGCCGCCACCGUCACCGCCGUCGCCGCUGCCGCCGCCGUUAUUUAAUAUGAGACAAUGGGCCUUUGAUAUUUGCAGAGACUCAGGAAAGAAAAUUGAUGCUUUGGUUGCAGAGAUAGGAAUUGGAGGAUCAAUAACAAGUGCUAGAAAAUUCUUCGAGCAGAAAAAUCCAAACAUCAAGAAGUACACUAACAACAUGGUCAAAGAGCUUGCAAGGAGGUUGAUGAUUCAACUUGCAACUGACACUUGGGGAUCUGAUUUUCCAAUCGGUGGAGUGAUAUCUAAGAAAAUUCUCCCUCCAUGUGUUCCCACUUUGUUGGAAGUCAUGCGAGAUCCACAUGUAGUUGUAGAUGGUUUUACUUAUGAAGCUGAUGCUAUACAAGGAUGGCUUAAUGGUAGUAAUGACAACUAA